AUGCAUCCCUCCCGGCUCUUUCGCCAGGGAGCAAAGUCUUUGCCCUUCCUCAAGAACGGGAAUUUUGCGCUGGUGGCGGAGGAGACAGUGGAGCUGAGGCCGGGCCUGAAUGUGGUGACUGGGGAGAGUGGAGCAGGCAAGUCGGUCCUGGUGACAGCGCUGGGGCAGCUGCUGGGUUUCCCUGCCGUUGACAACUGCAUCCGGCCGCCUGCGUCCUGUGCCUCAGUGGAGGGCAGCGUGCACCUCCCUGCUUCUUCCGUGAGGUCUGUACAGUCGUUGCUCACUAGGAUGGGUCUUCCCUCGCGCAUUCUGGACAGUGGAGGGGACAGCGCUCAGGAGCUGAUAUUGAAACGUGAGGUUGUCCAUGCGGACAAAGGAGUGCGAAGCAGGUGUUCUGUGAAUGGCGUGUCCACUUCACUGCGCGUGCUUAGGGAGUUGGGUGCGGCCUUGGUGGAUGUCAAUGGCCAGCAUGCUGCCCAGACGCUGCGGGAUCCUGACACGCAGCUAGCGCUGCUGGACCGCAUUGCAAGCACGGGUGCGGCCGUGGCGCGGUACGGGCAGAAGCUGGAGGAGCUACGGGGCCUCGCGCAGCAGGUGACGGCCAUUGAUGCGCUGGGCACUAAGGAGCAGCGCGAGCAGCUGCAGGACCUUAUGGACCAGGUGAGGGAGGCUGAGGUGGAGACGGGAGAGGAGGCGGUGUUGCGGCAGCGGCUGCGACAGAUGGAGGCGCGGCAGGCGAGCGUGCAGCGCUGCGGCAUCGUGCGCACGGGCCUCCUGGGCGACGACGGCUCCGGGGGCGUGCAGGAGGGGCUGCGCUCCGUGCAGACGCAGCUCAAUGCCGUCCUGGCCGACGAGGAAGCCUACGCCGCCGUCCGCGCCGACAGCAAGGAUGAGGGGAGCGGGUCUAUCGACGAGGAGGAGGAUGCGAGGGAGGGGGUGGCGCUGAUGGAGGGCGCUCUGGAAGAGCUGGAGCAGGCCCGCGACCUGCUGGCCUCCAUGGAGCAGAAGGUGGGCGACUAUGCGAUGCGCUUCCGCUUCCUGCAGCUGGAGCACAACGAGGUGAGCCAGCGUCUGGCAGUGCUGGACCGCCUGUUCAAGCAACAUGACUGCUCCUCCUCUGAUGCGCUGUUGGAAGUUGCCGCCAAAGCAGAGGCCGACCUGGACCGCUGGUUUCAGAUGGAAGGGAAGCGGGAGGAGAUUGAGAGAACACUACGACGGAUGAAGCAGGAGCUGGCUGCAGAGGGCACAGUGCUCAGCAAACGGCGGCGGGCAGCCGCCGGGCAGCUGCGCGUCGCCGUGGAGAGCUGCCUAGCAGACCUGGCCAUGGCCGGAUCGCGCUUUGAUGUGCGCAUCGGCUGGGAGCCUUACGCCAAGGGCUUGCACGUGCCCGUGGAGCUGGCAGGGGAGGUGUACGAGGCGGGCAACCAGGGGUACAGGGUGCGGCGCAGCGGCCUGGACGCGGUCGAGUUCCUGCUGGCUGCCGGGCCGGCCGAGCCGCUGAGGCCGCUGGGCGCAGUGGCGUCGGGCGGAGAGAGUGCGCGAGUCAUGUUUGCGCUCAAAGCCGCGCCCGCCAUUGCGGCUGCUUCCGAAAGCGACGAUAGCAGUCCUGCACAGGAGCGGGGUGCAGGCGCAGGGCUUCAAUCAGAAGGUGAUUUUGGGACAGACGGGGCGUCUGUGAUGAUCUUGGAUGAGUUGGACUCGGGCGUAGGAAGCCGGCUGGGCGGCCCGGUCGGGCAGAUGCUGCGGCGCAUGUCGGACUCUAGCGGCACGAGCGCCGCAUCCCAGAUCAUAUGCGUCUCCCAUCUACCUCAGGUGGCAGCGCAGGCGGAGCACCACAUUGUUGUGCGAAAGGCGGUAGAUGCGGAGGGGCGCGCACUGACGCGAUUUGCAGUGCUGACAGAGGAGGCGGAGCGCGCGGAAGAGGUGGGAGCCAUGCUGGGACUGGGCACCUCCGAGGCUCUGCAGAUGAUGCAGGCAGCGAUUGCAUGUCUAGCGCUAGACUUCGAGGACAAGUUCCGCCAUGCGCACCAUGAUCCUGCAGACUUUCCUCCCGUCUCUGAGGGAGAGGAAGGCACUGAGAGCGAGGAGGAAGCCAUUGAAAUCACUGAAGACCAGCUGAUGCAAGAGCUUGACAGCAUGGAACCCUCCCUCCAGCUAGAGCUCACAGCGAAGCUCUCUCCCUCCUCCGACAAGGAGCUGCAGGCGGACCUGCGGCGGGUCAUGCACCUGAGGCAGCGCAGUGCAGAGUACCAGCUGUCGCACUACGCGCCCAACGGUGCACAGUAUGUGCGCCACCGCGACGCCUUUCCCGAUGAUGGCAGCGAAGAGCAACAGCGACGGGUGACAGCUAUCUUGUACGCCAACCCAACCUGGUGCCCGGCCGAUGGGGGCAAGCUGCGCCUGUGGCCGCCCCGGGCCCUGGAGCCCUCGCCAUCCCAGUCCUCUGCCAGGGCCGGCGCUCCCGCAGGCCUUUCUCCGCGUGCGAGCCUGCGCCUGAGCGCCUCUCCCCGCAGCAAUAACGGCGACCUGGCCAAUGGCACUACACAGGGUGUUGGCAGCCCGUCUGGCAGCGGCCGGCUGAUGCAGAACGGGCUCACGCAAAAUGGCCUGUCGCCAGAUGGCAAGCCCACAGCGAGUGGAAACCUGCUGGAUCAGCCGCCACCUAUGCUCAACGGACACCACCAUGGGGGCCUGGCAAACAGAAAUGGCUACCACGGACAUGCGGCUGAGAAUGGACGAGCAGCGUACAGCGACGCGGGCUCAGACACAGCCUCGGUGCAGUCAGAGCCCCCGAGCCUGCGGACGCCGCCGCACCCGCCGCGGCCGCCGGGCAGCAUCGCCAGCAGCAUGCUUGCAGAGGCCACUGAGGCCAGCGCGCUCGACAGUCUGGCCGACGGCGCAAGCAGCGUGGACGAAGGCUCGUUCGCAGACGGGAUACGGGAAAUCAGGGAAGCAGAGGAGCCGGGUGCCAAGAGCACAGAGGUGGGCACGGAGCCGGUGGUGGAUGUGGCGCCCCUGGCCGGGCGCCUGGUCUUGUUCCUGAGCGGGGCUGUGGAACACGCUGUGCUGCCCAACCUGUCCCAACGCAUCGCCCUCACCGCCUGGUGUCAAUAGCUGCACUGACCAUGCCGCCCCUGUGGAGGGUUGGUUCCCUCGACUACACCUUAGCAGAGAUGAGUGUGCCACGCCGUGCGCAUUCCUUCCAAUUGAUAGCACAGUAGACUCUGGAUAUGGAGGCACAGUCAUGAAGGCCAACUGAUUGCUGAGGAUGCAAAAGAUUGUUGAGAAAGAUAGUCUGUUAGAGUCUUGAGAUCUCCCAUCGUGGUCUGCUUGACAACUAUAUACCGUAGUAUAGUACUAGUUGGUGGUGGCAUGUGCAGAUAGCUUACAGAUUGCUUGAUUAGCGAGCAUCAGUGCUAUAAGUAUCUGACACUUUCCAAUUGAAGUUAUCUUGUUGAUAAGUUGUAAGUUGCGCAACUUUC